UAUUCGUAAACCGACCGUGGCGCCCACUACCGUGUACCCAACUACCAACAAUCAAUGAAAUUAUUUUAAAAUACGUUUUAUGAUGAGACACAAAAAAAUUGACGAUUUGUUUAACAUAUUUAUAGUUCCUGAAGUUUAAAAACAAUAAUUAAUGAUAUGUUGUAAAUUCUAUCAUCUUGUUGGUUAAAUAGCUGGAAUUCAGAGAAUAUGGAAAAUAAAUUUUAAUAAUUUCCAUUUUAAUAUUGAAAAUUUAUUGUUAUUACCAAACAAGUUCAUGGAAAGUAAUAACUUAUCAAAAACGAUUACAGCACAAUAUACUAAUAUAAUUGAUUGUAAUUUUUUGAACAUAAUUAAUAAAUUAUGGCAACUAAAGCUAAGAGAAUGUCCAUCGACUACAGCAGCAAUCCGGCCGUCGCUAACUUUAUAGAAUAUUUAAGAAUACCAAGUGUUCAGCCUAAUAUUAAUUAUGAUGAAUGUGUCAGUUUCCUCGAGAAGCAGGCGCAAGGUUUGGGGUUAGGUUUUAAGGUGUAUGAAAUGGUACCAAAAAAGCCGAUUGUAGUGUUGACGUGGGUGGGGCUGAAGCCUGCACUUGGGUCUGUCUUACUCAACUCUCAUAUGGAUGUUGUACCGGUUUUCGAGGAUAGUUGGACAUAUCCCCCAUUCAGUGGGCACAUAGAUAAAGAUGGGAAAAUAUACGCCCGUGGCGCACAGGAUAUGAAAUGCGUCGGAAUUCAGUACAUAGAGGCUGUCAGGAAGUUGAAAAAAUCUGGCGUUCAACUGCAGAGGACUCUUCAUCUAUCCUUUGUCCCUGAUGAGGAAAUCGGUGGUGUAGAUGGAAUGGAAAAGUUUGUGCAUACAAAAGAUUUCAAAGCUCUGAAUGUUGCAUUCGCCUUAGACGAGGGUAUGGCUUGUCCCACCGACGAGUUUGUCUUGUUCUACGGAGAGAGGAGCAUUUGGCAAAUUCACGUACACUGCACCGGUCAGCCAGGCCACGGCUCACUGUUAUUUCCGAACACUGCCGGUGAAAAGCUCCGCGUCAUCAUCAAUAAGUUCAUGACUCUUCGGGAUGAGCAGAAAAAUAUUUUGGAUAGCAACUCUAAACUUACCAUCGGAGAUGUAACUACUAUUAACUUGACUCAAGUUCAUGGCGGCAUCCAAUCGAAUGUAAUCCCCGAGAAGCUGUCUGUAGUGUUCGAUUGUCGCCUCGCCGUCACUGUUGACCACGAAGCUUUUGAGAAUACGAUAAAGCAAUGGUGCAAAGAAGCCGGUGACGGUGUGACGUACGAGUUUGAGCAGAAGAAUCCUGCAGUUGAAUGCACAAAACUUGAUGAUAGCAAUCCCUUCUGGGUGGCGUUUAAGGAAUCAGCUGACAAAUUGAAACUCAAACUUUCUUGCCGCAUAUUCCCGGGCGGUACUGACAGUCGAUACGUGAGGGAGGUCGGUAUACCCGCCCUGGGAUUCUCUCCGAUGAAUAAUACUCCGGUCUUACUCCACGACCAUGACGAGUUCCUUUCAGCAGACGUGUUCCUUAAAGGCAUAGAUAUCUAUACACAGCUUAUACCAGCUGUUGCUAACGCUUAAGCACGAAUGAGGUGUGAGGUCGCCAAAACAUGUGCACUUUAAAAAUGUAUGAUUAAGUCUAAAUUCAUGUGAACUAUCGGGUUUGAUAGUCUGUGGGAAUAGAGAAAGUUCAUGUCUAAAGGGUCACUUAUAAAAGAAUUUACUAAUAUCAAUGACAAUACUUUGACAUGCUUGUCCAAAUUGUGCUCUAUAUAACUAGGGUACGGAUUUUUGGCGCGUGUAUGUGUAUUCGAGAUGCUUUCAUUAAAAAAAAAUAACUAUUUAUCAAUCGUUUAUAAUUCAAUAUAUUUUAUUGUAUAUAAAAUUUUAAUAUUGGCUCUAGUAAGCCCUCGGUACUUUGAAACUAUUCCCUUGCUUAUAUUGUUGGUCUCAAUAUGAACAAUGUUAUAUGGCGUUCAUAAUUGCAUAAGCUAAAAAUAAUGUUCAUGUGACCUCACAUUUGUGUUUUUCCUAUCUUGCUUUAUGCGCUAAAAAUCUUUUUAUGUAUAUAAAAUAUGUACAUAAAAAGUCCCAUUGGGCCAUGUGGCUAUUUCUACGUAUAUUUUGCCAUUCAACGUACAAAAAGCAUUUGCUGUAAUAAUGUAUCGACUUCAAUAUUUUGUUCCGCUGAUACACCGCAAUGUGCUUCUUAUAGUUUUGUCAAUUUAAGCACAAAAGUUAUAUUUUUAUAAACUUGUUUCUUUUAAUAGUUUAUUUCUGUUUCGUUUUAGUUAAGGUUACAUUAUUGUUACUAAAGAUAUUUAAAGUGUUCUACUUAUAUAUUGUUAUAUAAUAAAGUCUAUAUAAAAAAUU